AUGCCUUGGCUCCUCUGCCCACUGCUACUGCUCUCACGGAUACCACCUCCAGCCGCCGAAUUCACACCCGCCUCGCCGCCGCUGAGCCCUGUCGAUCGCGCCUUUUCGCUCGGACGCCACCUCCUCUUCGACGUGGCCGAGCACGAGCAGGUCAACAAGCAGCGGCGGGCGCUGAUGUUUUACCUCGACCUCGCGAUGCAGCUCGACCGCGUUCUGGUGCUUCCACGCGUGCGGCUGCUGCGGCGCUCAGCCAGCUCGCCCGUCAGCUUCGAAUCCGCCGCCGAGUACGUGCCGUGGGCGGACCUCUUCAACAUCUCGCGUCUCGGCCGUGCUCACGCCGUGGUUGGCCUCGAUGAGUACGUCGCGCAGCACGGCGGCGUCUCGCUGCUCUUGCGGCGGUGCCAGACGGGAGGCCCUGCGGCGGAGUACCAGCCGGCCGUCCUCCGCAAGGAGCACGCAGCCACGCCAUCGAUCGCGUUUGCCGAGUCAGUCGACCAGCUCGGCGCGCAGCGGGUGGCGCCGCUGCGGCCGUACGUGCGCUUCGUCGACCGGACCUACGACGAGGCGGCCGCCUUUGUGCGCGGCGCCUUUGCCGGCAAACCCUUCCUCGCGCUGCACUGGCGGCGGACCGACUUCCACGCGGUGCGGCGCAGCCACGAGUGGGCGCUCCAGUCGGCGGCAGACCUGAUCAAGCACGCCCGGCACGCGAUGCGUCGGCACGGGCUCGCGGGCGUCUACCUCGCCACGGACAGCGACGACCCGGCGGAGAUGGCGGAGGUGCAGCGCGCGCUGCGGUUCGCGCGCGUGCGACAAAAGGGCGGCGGAUCGCUGCGCGACAGGGUCGAGACGGCCAACCUCGAGAUUGCGAUCUGCGCCUCCGCCACGCGCUUCCUCGGCACGCGGACCAGCUCCUUCACGCUAACCAUCCUCGAGGAGAGGAGGGCCGUGUUUGGGCAGUCAGAGGAGAGCGGCGGCGAGAUGGGGAGGCCGCCAGAGGAGGAGGAGGCAGUUGUAGAGGGAGGGAAGGAGGAGCUGUAG